AUGUGGCGCCCUAUGCUGCUCCUGAUUGUAUUUCUCGCACGUUGUUCCUUGAUUUGUUUCAUCUCCACACAAGACGCGCUAAGCUCACAACCAACGAAAGUCUCCGGAAGGAACCUUGACCGCCCCAGCAAGACAGCGGCCCUUGCAGCGGUGGCGCUGCUGGUGGUGCUUGCGGCCAUGCCCGCCGUGACAUCCGCCCAGCGCUCACUUGAGUGUCAAACCGUGUGGGAGGGUCCCAGCGCCAACAACAGUAUUCUGGAUUGCCUGUCGGACCCGGACCACAUCAAGGGACAGUGGCGCUACUACGUGUUCCCUGCAUUCAGCGCGCUGCUCUUCCUGGUGAUACUGCUGACCUUUCCGAUCGUUUUUCUCUGCGUCGCCUGCUGUGGAGGCUGCAAGCCUACCUCGAAGCUGAGCGGGGACCGGUCCCGCUGCUGCAUCUGGAUGUGGAUCAUUUAUGCCUUACUUUGGAGCGGUGCCGUCACCGUCCUCGUGAUAUUCGGCGCUGAGCUUCUGGCGUCAUCAGCCUCCAGUCUCAUCGAUGACACGCUGAGUGGCCCUGUGACGUUCUUCAACAACACGGCAGAGCACAUCAUUGAUUUCACGUCGAACUGGACUACGGGUGUGCGUGAGCCGCUGGAGGGCAUCGACUUGGACCUGAGUGCCUUUACUGAGGUCACUGACAAUGUGACGGAUCUUCUUACAAGUGUGAAGACAGAAAAGGACAAAUACAUUAACUGGGUGCCGAUCGUGUCGUACGCUGUUGGUGGGGUGGCGAUUGUGCUAAUGCUCCUGAUACUGCCGUUCGCCUUGUGUCGCUGCUGCAUUCCGUGCCUGCCACUCUUCCUCUCGUGCGCGUACUGGAUCUUCGGGGCUGUGUUUGCGCUGCUCGGUGUUGCCUGCAUUCUGCUGGCGUUCGUCUCCACGGCUGGGUGCGGCGAGAUAGAGCUGCAGUACCAACGGCAGCCAGGUGUCUUUCAGUGGUUUUUUGUGCCGUACUGUGAGGAAACGUUCGACUUCAGGGCCAUCAACCAGCAGGUUGCUGAGGCCGAAUUGAAUAAUUCUAUGGAAGCUUGCAAGACACUUCUCUCAGUGUGCGACAAUAAGCCAGGUUUCUCUUUCAAGCCGCUCCAGUGCGGCGGAGGCAUCACUGCAGCCAGCCAGUGCCCUGACUUUGGCACCGUGGCCGAUGUGCUGGGGAGCACCCUUGUAAAAAGCUACACGAUGGCAUGCCCAACUCCUGGUGAGUCCUGCUCGCUGGCCGAAUGUGCCACCAGCUGCAAGGUGGAGUUUGUGAAGAACAUUGCGAUGAAGAUCAUGGAAGUUGGUGCGCAGUCGCGCAACGCGAGCAUCGCCGUUUCGUACGCCAAGCCGCUGCUCGAGUGCAACUUCGUGAUUGACGAACUGCUUGGUGCAGUGACAGCGUGCAACGACCUGAAGACGGGAACCCUGAUGCUUGGCAUUGGCUUCUUCGUUGGGGGGCUGAUGUUCGGCCUGGCCAUCUACAUCAUGUUCCGCGGCUCCUGCAUCUGGGGUUACUACUUUUCGAAGGNCCGCCAGCUGCAGGGGUAA